UUACGAAAAUAAAAUAUAUAAAUAUAUAAAUUUAAUACAAUUUUAUUAUAUUUAUCUCAAUAUAAUAAUUUUAAUUUAAUAUGAUUGAUUAUGAUUAUAUAAUAACUAAAAUAUUAUAGAUUUUUUUAUUUUUCAUUUUAUAUAACUGAAUAUAUUAAUGUAUAAUAAUAUUUUAAACUAAUUUCGAAAUUAGUGAAAAUAUUUAAAUAUAAUUUCAAAAAUGACGAUCUUGCAAAAAUCUUCUUAAACAGAUUUGUUAGAAUUUUAAAAUAAAUAUAUUUAUAUUUAAAAUGAAAAGAUAUCAAAAGAUACUAUGAUUAAAAUAUUUUUAAAAUUAUAUUUAUUAUUAGUCUGAAUUAAAAUAUAGUAUGAAUUUCUAUGAAUAGGUCCAUUAGGUCCAUUUUUAAAAAAAUCACACAUGAAUCAAGGUUGUGACUUCUGUUUUAAUAUAUAAGAUUAGAAUAAACAACAAAUAAUUUAUUCGUAGGUGAUUAAAUUUUUGUUAUUGCUCGGUUAAGGAUAUCCAUAUGAAUAGCAAUAUUCCAUCGCUUUAUUAUUGAAGAGCAACACGAGGAUUUGAUUUUAGUUUGAAAAUGAGAUAUUAUUUAAGAUUUUCUAAAGUUUCCAUAAGAUUUAAAAUAAAAGUAUUGACUAUAUUAUUGUUAGAGAAAUUUAAGAUAAUAUAUUAUUAGUCUAAAUUUAAGGUAAGAAUAAAAUAUUAAUUGUCUAAUGAAAAUGUCCAACAAUAUUGUGUAAGUAAAUUUUUUAAGAGUUCUUUUCUUUUAAUAGUAUAGAUCAUACAAAAAAAUCUACUUAAAAAGAUUUUUGCACCUAUUAGUAACUAAUUAUUAUUUUUUGUCCUAUCUUAUAUUUCUCUAACUAUAUAUCAUAAUAAAUGUUCUUAUUUGGCUUUUAAUUUUUUUUUCCUUUUAAUACACCUAAUCUUAAUGGAUCCGAUAUAUAAUAUCAAAGCAAAUUAUUUGAAAUCGGUUAGUUAUGAUUUAUGCUCAGUUUGGUAUAGUUAAUUUCAAAAUUAAAAUAUAUAUUUAUCACGUUUUUCUAUCUUUCUCCAUUUACAGAAAAUGUCACAUUAUAAUAUCGAAAACAUAAAUCUAUAUAUACUGGCAUAUACCUUAUAAUAAAAACUCAUGUGUAUCACGUGACACUAAUAUCCUAUCAAUCCUUAUACCCUAAAUCAUUAUUCCAAGUCUAAACAUUUGAUAACUUUGUAAGAGAACCAUGUUCAGGAUAAUAAAUUUUGUAUUCUCAUAUAUAUUUUUGGUAUAACAUAUUUUUUUCAAAUUUGUAAUAAAACUGUUCAAUUUUUUUUUAUGAAAAACCAAAUUGCAACUAAUUUUACUUCCAAAAUUCAUAAAUGUAACUUUAAAGGGGAAAUUAUACAUUUACACUUUGUUGAGUACCCCUUUUCAAAUUUACACUCAGGAGGAGGACAUUUUCACAAAUACCUAAUUGUUUAGUAGCCGAAAGACAAUAAUAACCCUCGCAAUUUUAACCUUUUCUCUCGAAUCUCUCUAGCUCGCCAUCGAAGGCGACGAGAUUACAGAGCUACGACGGCGAUUCUAGCAACGGCGACGACAAAAGGUCUUCUCUCUCACUAGUCACGCCGUCUCUCUGGAAAGAGCAUCCGGUGACGACGAAUAACAAUCAGACUAUACGAUUCAAAAUUUCAUCUCAAAAAAUGUCGUCUACUCCUCACGAUUCUCCUCUACACGAUUCUCCUAUACACGAUUCUCCUCUUCACGAUUCUCCUAUUCAUGAUUCUUAUCUUCACGAUUCUCUACAAUUGGAUAGCAACGAGUUUUGCACAACCUUGAAAUUGCCUGGGAGGGUUUAUGAAGCUGUAGAAACACCAGAUAAUCCCAAAGCGAUAAUCCAUCACUCAAAGAUUGAUUAUAUCGAGAAGGUGGAAGAUAUAUUAGGAAAAGAAGAGUUUUCUUUCAUAGAGAACUCUCACAUUGGGAGCAUUUUGAAGUUGGUUAAAAGGAAUAGGGUUCAAUUUUCAGAAGAGUUGUUCCAUUUUCUAAUGCAGCGAAGAGUAUUGACGCAAGGAGAGGAUCUCUGGUUUACUUUCUCGGACCAGCCUAUGAGGUUUUCACUAAGGGAAUUUCAUCUGACAACAGGCUUACGUUGUGAGGAAGAUCAGACAAUAACAGAGCCGCUGUUCAAAAUAAUGAAGAAGCCAUACAUUUGGAUGCUGGGCAAGAUUGAUAAGUUUACGGUGAGAACGUUAUAUGAAAUGUUUAAAAAGAAAGCACGAAGCAUGCCAACACUAGAAAGAUUAUCCCUUGGAACAGCAAUACUCACAGAAGCGGUAAUUAUGGCAGAAAAUCCGAGUUCUAAAAUCCCGAGAGACAGGUUGCAGCGUUAUAUGAACUAUCGCUCACACAAGAUUGCUUGGGGUAAAACUGCUUAUAGAAUCUUGAUGAGAAGUGUAAAAAGUUUGAGUGCAAGUUCCUGGACAGGAGAUAGUUAUGAAGUGAGUGGUUUUGCGCUAGCCAUAAAUCUGUGGGCAAUGUCAUCAGUGAAUGUGCUUGGUAAAUCUUUGGGAAAGCCAUGCGAGACAUCCUCUUCUUCUGAUCCGUUGUGUCUACAUUGGGACUCAACAAGAACUCCGACAAUAGCUGAAGUGUUAGAGCUGGAGAAGAUAAACAAUGUUGAGGUUAGCACAGUGAUUGGAUUGGCUGAGGAAUACAAACAUUUGGUGGGGGCAACACAUAGUGACGAUGCUGACUUUCACAGUGUUGUGAAACUAGUUCAACAAGGAUACAAAAUGAGGAGAAGCGAUUGGGAGAAAGGUUUUGUGGAUAUGUUUGUUGCAACAGAAGAUAUAGGUCAACAACGCAAGACAAAAGACGAAGAUGCAGAGCAUGGUGAAGAUCUGAACCAUAAUGAAGAUGAAGAGGAAAAGAAAGAUGAAGAGGAAAAGACAGAUGAAGAGGAAAAUAAAGAUGAAGAGUAUCAAAAGGAUAAGGAGCAAAGAAAAGAUAAAAAUCAUUCCAUGUCUAACAGCGAGAAACUUGAUAAGCUAAUCCAAAUGGUUCGUGAUUUGGAUAAGCGAGUAGUAAUGAUCCAGAAUGUUUUAGGAGUUAAGUUUAACGACAGUUCACCAAACAAAGAAGAUUGUGAAAAUGGAGCUAGUUCUGGUGAUAGAAGAAGUGCACAAGAUUAUGAAAAUGAAGAAGAUACAAUUAAUGAAGAAGCAAACUCUGAUGAUAAAAAAAAUGCACCAGAUGAUGAAAAUGAAGAAGAUACAAUUGCUGAAGCAGCAAACUCUGAAGAUACAAUUGCUGAAGAAGCAAACUCUGGCGAUGGAAGAAGUGCACUGGAUGAUGAAAAUGAAAAAGAGAUAUGUGAUGAAGAAGCAAAAUCUGGUACAGAGCAUCAAAGGGAAGAAGAGAAUAUUCUUGGGGAAAUUGAGACUACACAAAAAAUCACUCAAGACGAAGACACAGAAAAACUUGAAUCAGAAAGUUGCUUGAAACAAACGUCGCAGGUUACGUCGCCUACUCCAACAUUCAAUACUCCAAACUUUGAUACAAGGGUUUCAUCGCCUAAUCCAACAUUUACGUCUCCUAAGUUUGAUCUCCUUUCCCAAGAAAGUCAUAGUGGAAAGGGUACAAAUGAGGUUCUUAUGAGAGAUGUUUAUGAGAUUCCUGUUUUCCAACCUCUAAUGAAAAUAAAAAAGAGAUUGGUACAACAACACAGCCAGGUAAACGAAGAUGUUGAGCCUCCACUUCAAAAGAAGUUUAAAGCUGAUACAGAUAAUGUUCCGCUAAGAAGAAGUGAAAGAGGUCAAAUACCAUCCAUUCAUACACAACCACCGUUUACAGGAGCAAGGAAGAAACAUCCGAUUCUUCAUCCCUUUGAGCCAGUUGAUAAAACAAGAAAAGAAAAAAUGAGAGAAUGGAAAAUGUCAAACAAAAGAAAGAAGCUGAGAAUCAAUCAAGAGAUAGUAAACGCAAAGUGGUUUUCGGAUAUUGAAACUCCGGGAAAAAAACUUUCAAAAACGCAUAUUGAAGCAGGUUUUGAGUUGCUGAAACUGAGACAGAUAAACAAUCCAGAUUUGUUUCUGAACAAAACUGCCUUAGUUGUUGGAGUGAAGUUUCUUGAAGAAAUAGAUGAGUUUUAUGAUGAGUUUUUAGAUGACAAGAAAGGUUUCCAAUUUGGAGCAGGCUUUGACAAGUACAACAUAGAGAAGAAUAUCAACUUCCUCUAUUCGGCCAUUGCAGUAGCAGAGAAGUAUUGGCUUGGAGUUGUAAUCAACUUGGAGAAGAGAAAUAUCACAGCAUUCAAUUGUGCAGCAAUGAAGUUCACAGAUGCGAGUUUGGUCCCUUACGUUAAUGCAUAUGCGAUGGCUCUCCCAUUCAUGAUUCGCUACUUCUUCAAAGAUGUCAGCAUGGAUACAAGCAAGUUCUCGAUAAAAAUUGUAUCUGAAGGUUUCCCACAGGUUCUUAAAAUAGAAGACAGUGGAGUUUAUGCAUUGAAGCUGAUAGAGUGCCAUGCAAUGCGUAUAGUGGAUUUGACAAAGCUGAGUGAAGAAAAAAUUGCAAUCAUCCGAGAAAAGUUGGCGGUUGAUAUCUUCUCGGAAUUACAAUGAAUACUAAUGUGGGAAUGAACAAAAACUUUAUAGCUUGCUUAUAGUUAUGUGUGAACAACUAUCUGUUUUAUGCGUGUUUGGUAAACUUUGUUUGUAGAAUUCUGAGUAUUAUGAGUUUAUGACUUGGAUUUAUGGUUUUCCUUAAAUUUAGAAAGUUCAAUGGUAA